AUGCCUCCACAAGAAGUGGCUCUUGGUGAUUUUCAAUUUGGAAAAUGCAUUGGUGAAGGUUCGUAUUCAAAGGUUUACAGGGCGAUUUCCAAGAAAACGAAUCGAACAUUUGCAGUCAAGGUGAUAUCGAAAGCCCAUAUUGAGAGAGAAAACAAGCAGAAGUACGUAAAUAUUGAAAAGGACACGCUGAGUGUUCUAGGGUCACAUCCUGGUGUUGUCGCAUUAUAUUACACGUUUCAAGACUUAAAGUCACUUUAUUUUGUCAUAGAUUUCGCUGAGCAUGGCGAACUUUUAUCGCUAAUAAGGCGUCUGGGCACUCUAAGUGAACCAUUGACAAGAUAUUAUAUGAUACAGCUGAUAGACUCGUUAUCAUUUGUCCACUCUAAGGGUAUUAUUCACAGAGAUUUAAAGCCAGAAAAUAUUUUACUUUCCCACGACUGGAAGUUAAUGUUGACGGACUUUGGUGCCGCAAAAAUUUUAAAUAAGACGGAUAAACAAACAUUUGCUGAAACAAAUUCAUCUAUCGACACAUACAAUGGUCCUUAUGUCAACAAAGGGGGAUCUUUUGUCGGAACAGCGGAAUAUGUGUCGCCAGAAUUACUUAAAUACAAUAUAAGUGAUUACUCUGGGGAUAUAUGGGCAUUAGGAUGUAUAGCGUAUCAAAUGAUUGUGGGUCAUCCACCCUUUAAAGGUAGUGAUGAGUAUGAUACUUUUGACAAGAUUGUCAAUUUGCAGUAUGGCUACCCUUCCGGAUACUUUAUUCCCGUAGUCAUAAGAGAUUUUAUACAGCAUUUAUUGGUACUAAAGCCUGAAGAUCGAUAUACGUUGGAUGAUGCAAUGCAUCAUAAAUGGUUCUGCGAUGUGAAUUGGGGUGACAGUGAUUCCAUAUGGCGACGUCCAACACCGAGACUCGACAGUUAUAAUCCGAAAGUAUAUGAGCUGAAUUACCGUUUACGACAUUCUCCUCGCAGGCCAAAGAGACUCACACCAGAUCAAUUGCUUUCUGUUCCUGGAUUUUACUCGGAUUUGGGAGGAAUGGAUGGAUUGCCAAUGUCGGUUCCUAAAGGAGCAAUGAGGGUACAAGCUAAAGCACGGAAAAAGUUUGGACAACAGCCAGCAGGUGUUAAAAUGCCAAUUUUAGGUGGAGCGCAGACUGCAAGUGUUGAUGCAUACAACCAUCCCCAGAUAGUACCUCGAAUCAUGACAAAUAUUCCACGAUCUGCACAAUCUGCUCCUGUUAGACCAUUGGCACAGCCUUGCUAUCGAGGUAGAGAUGCCACUUCAACUCCUGCGACACCGAUUUACAAAUCUGCUGGAGUUGUUUCUCCAGUUGAAAAGCCACAUUGCGCCCAAGCUUCUUAUAAUGAUAAGGAGAUUAAUAGGCCAAAUAAUGAUCCAGAGCUCUCCUUUCUGCCAAGAAAUCCUUGUAAUAAGCACGAGAAACACUUAUCAAUUCCCGCCAAAGACGAAGUUUACCGUUCUCUUGGUAAUAACUACUCUGGUGGAAAUCAGAAAGCACGAACUAUGGCUAGCCCGGAUGCAAUAAAAGCAGCUGGAAGUGUUUUUGCCGCUGCUUGCUCAUCUCAGAAUUGCUCAAAAAAGUCACCGGUCUCUAAAGAUGCAGCAAGGAAAUUUGUAUGUGAUGGAUCUUCUCGUAUUGGCACAAAAUCUGCAAUUCCCAAGGAUAUAUCUGACAAACUUACCAAGGAUGAAAGCAUUAUCAAGUUGGACAAAAUUUUUAUAUCAAGAUUGGUGUAUGAGGCGGGUAGGGUUACAUCUAAAGGCAAAGCUCUUGAUGAUGUUAUUCUUAAUAAAAUCAUUACAGAAAACUGUCAAACCCUAAAUGAAGACAUUAAAGCAUGUAUCCUCAUAAUCACCACCCAUGCUCGAAUGUUUGUCUAUAAUAUUCCUGGUGGAAAAAAAUGUCCGGAUGAUUAUUCACAAGCGGUCGAAAUUCGUUUAACCAGCAAGAAUGUUUCAAUGUAUGACUAUGAGUUUAAUGAAGAGUUAAAAGAAGGGUAUUUAAUUCUAGAGCUUAUGAACAGUUGUACUUUGUUUUUUCUCAGUACGUACAAUCAUGACGCUGGUUCUGAUGAGUCUGAAGGUAAUGUUCUGGGUUUCAGAGUAAACCCUUCUUUAACUUGGGUUCAAGCACUGAUGCAGGCAAGAAAGCUCGUUAAGGAGAACAAGCAUACCUUGCAAAAGAAGGAUGCUAAUAAUAAUUCCAAAAGAAUUGAUCAUCACCGACAUGCAUCUUCGGUCAGCACAAAGUCUGACACAUAUGUCAAUAUGCGGAAAAAUAAUCAAUCUGAAAGACAAGCAUAUGGUGUUACCGAAGGACUUAAGCAUAUGCAUAUUAAAUCGCAGCCAGCAUUUUCAAAAGACGCACUUGCAGCCGCAGGUGUUGUUAUAAGAAAUCAUCACAAGUGA